AUGGGGUCUCUCUGUCUCCUGUCGCUGCCGCUCGUGCUGGGGGCCGUGGGCCGGGGAGGCGGGAGCGCGACAGAGCGGGCGCCAGGCCCUCAGGGCGGCUCCCCCGCACCCUCCGGCACCGCGGCGCCUUUCUGGGUGCGGAUCAGCCCCGAGUUUGCGGCUGUGCCGCCCGGGCGCUCCCUGUGGCUCAACUGCAGCACGAGCUGCCCCCUAGCGGGGGUUCCCCGCCUGCGCACCCAGCUGCGGCGCGGCCUGACGCGCAGCGGCCCGGGGUGGGCGUCUCAGCAGCUGCUGGACGUGAGAGCCUGGAACUCCAGCGUGACCUGCUUGGUCACCUGCGCCGGGGAGACGCGCGAGGCCACGGCCAGGAUCACCGCCUACAAACAGCCGCGCAGCGUGGUCCUGGACCCUCCGGUCUUGGUGGGCAGCAAGUACACGCUGCGCUGCCACGUGACGCACGUGUUCCCCGUGGGCUUCAUGGUGGUGACCCUGAGGCGCGGCGGCCGGGUCAUCUACUCCGAGAGCCUGGCGCACUUCACCCGCCCGGAUCUGGCCAACGUGACGCUGACCUACCAGCUGCGCGCUGGGCCGCGGGACCUCUGGCAGCCCGUGACCUGCCACGCGCGCCUCCACCUCGGCGGCCUGGUGGUCCGCAGCAGCUCGGCGCCCGUGGCGCUCGAAGUUCUCGCUUGGAGCUCCGAGUCCAAGGCGCUGGCCUCCGCCUCCAUCGCGGCCCUGCUGGGGAUCCUGCUGGUCGUGGCAGGUGCCUACCUGCGCAGGUGCCUGGCGCUGAAAGCCCAGGUGUAG